UCAUGUUUUUAUUACCCUACUUCGCUAGUUCCAAUUCCAAUUCUCGAUUUACCACCAAAAACAGCCACCUGAGGUUUCAAUUUCUCUGAGAAAUAAAGAGAGCUCCUAUCUCUUCUCUGCGACGACGCCGUUUCUCUCCCUUGAGGUAAAGGCCUUUUAUUCAAGCAUGGGAGAUAGCGAACCGGUGGUCACUGAAGCAUCUGCUGCUGAGGCAUAUGCUUCGGCUGGUUAUGCUGAGACUGGGUCAAAUCCUACUCCCGAGGCAGGUGCUGCUGUUGAUCAAUCCGCUGGAGAAGCUGCUCAGGCCAGCUCAACUUACGGAUAUGGUUAUUCUAAUGUUGGUGACACGAAUGCGUAUGCUGGAGAUCCGAAUUCCGUCCUACAGCAAGCUCAUUUCAGUGCAACUGGUGAUUCCAAGCCAGCUGGUGCAGCGGCUGAUGCUAACGAGGCCUCUGCUGGGGUUGGAACCACAGCCGCCGAGUCUACUAUGGUUUCCGACUACAACUCGUCCGUAAAUGGCGGUGUUGUUGGUGCAGUGGCAAAUGCCGUGGGACUUGAAAACGGGAAUGCGUUGGAGAAUGCUGAUGGGUCGGCUGAUGAGAAACAGCUUGCAGAUGGUUAUGCUGCCUUGUCUGCUGAAGAAGACCGACUGUGGAAUAUUGUAAGAGCUAAUUCUUUAGAUUUCACUGCCUGGACUUCCUUGAUUGAAGAGACAGAGAAGACAGAGGACAAUAUUUUGAAGAUUCGAAGAGUCUAUGAUGCUUUUCUAGCAGAAUUCCCCUUGUGCUAUGGUUAUUGGAAGAAAUAUGCUGACCAUGAGGCACGUCUUGGCUCUAUCGAUAAAGUUGUUGAAGUGUAUGAGCGUGCUGUUCAAGGGGUUACAUAUUCAGUGGACAUGUGGUUGCAUUAUUGCAUAUUUGCUAUAAGCACAUAUGGGGAUCCAAACACUGUUCGUAGAAUCCGUGCAACAGUGAUAUCUCCCUUGUAUGGCGGAAAAGCUUUGAUGGGAUUGCUUUUUGAACGAGGAUUAGCUUAUGUUGGAACAGAUUAUCUUUCUUUUCCCCUCUGGGAUAAAUACAUUGAAUAUGAGUACAUGCAGCAGGACUGGGCCUGCCUUGCUGUGAUCUACACCAGAAUAUUAGAGAAUCCAAAUCAACAAUUAGAUCGGUAUUUCAGCAGCUUCAAAGAGUUAGCUGGAAAUCGUCCUUUAUCAGAGUUACGAACUGCUGAUGAAGCUGCUGCAGUGGCAGGAGUUGCUUCAGAGGCUACUGGCCAAGCUACUGAGGGAGAAGUUCAUCCUGAUGGUGCAGAGCGUUCUCCUAAAUCUGUAAGUGCUGGCUUAACAGAAGCAGAAGAGUUGGAGAAGUAUAUCGCCAUUAGAGAAGAGAUGUAUAAGAAAGCUAAAGAGUUCGAUUCUAAGAUCAUUGGUUUUGAAACAGCUAUCAGGAGGCCCUACUUUCAUGUACGGCCCCUCAAUGUUGGAGAGCUUGAGAAUUGGCAUAACUAUUUGGACUUUAUAGAAAGGGAAGGGGACUUGAGCAAGAUUGUCAAGUUGUAUGAGAGAUGUGUCAUUGCAUGCGCCAAUUAUCCGGAGUAUUGGAUACGCUAUGUUUUGUGUAUGGAAGCCAGCGGAAGCAUGGAUCUUGCAAAUAAUGUUCUUGCUCGAGCAACCCAAGUCUUUGUUAAGAGACAACCAGAGAUACAUCUUUUUUGUGCUCGGUUCAAGGAGCAGACUGGAGAUAUAGAUGGUGCUAGAGCUGCGUAUCAACUUGUGCAUACUGAAACUUCUCCUGGUCUUCUUGAAGCAAUUAUCAAACAUGCCAAUAUGGAAUACCGACUGGGAAAAAUGGAAGAUGCCUUCUCUUUGUAUGAACAUGCCAUUGCUAUUGAGAAAGGAAAAGAACAUUCACAAACAUUGCCGAUGUUGUUUGCUCAAUAUUCUCGAUUUGUAUAUUUGGCUUCUGGGAAUGCAGAGAAGGCAAGGCAGAUUCUAGUUGAGGGGCUUGAGAAUGUUUUGUUGUCAAAGCCACUACUUGAGGCUUUAUUGCAUUUUGAGGCUAUUCAACCUUUGCCAAAGCGUGUUGGUGUCGACUUUUUGGAGUCAUGGGUUGUCAAAUUCAUAAUGCCUAACUCAGAGAGUGCUGGUGUAGCUAGUCCAACAGAGCGUGAGGAACUUUCUAGUAUUUUUCUGGAGUUUUUAAAUCUCUUUGGUGAUGUUCAAUCUAUCAAGAGAGCUGAAGAUAGGCAUGCCAAAUUGUUUUUGCCUCACAGAAGCAUGUCAGAGUUGAAAAAACGUCAUGCUGAGGAUUUCUUAGUUUCGGACAAAACAAAAGUGCCAAGAUCGUAUUCUGCUCAGUCACCUGCGCAAUCUGCGAUGGGUGCAUAUCCAAAUGCGCAGAACCAGUGGACUAAUUAUGGAGUUCAACCUCAAACUUGGCCUCCAGUUACUCAAGCUCAAGGGCAACAAUGGACUGCUGGCUACACCCAGCAGGCUUCCUACGGGGCUUAUGCUGGAUAUGGGAGCAACUAUGUAAAUUCGCAAUUGCCUACAUCAGUUCCACAAAGUACUGCAUACGGAGCCUAUCCUCCUGCAUAUCCUGCACAGCCGGCGGUUCCUCAACAAAACUAUGCACAACCUGUUGCAGCAGCAGCCCCUGCACAGCAACCUUCUGCGGUUCCUCAAGCCUAUUACGGGAGUUAUUAUUGAGCUGACCUGACAAAAUGAGAUGGCCACUGUUUUCGCUUCCUGUAAUUUUUUUCCUUGAUAUUAUAGGUAAUUUGAUGAUAUUAGGGAAUCUGGAGCAUAGGUGUAGUGUAAACUUUCAAGUUAUACUACUGAAGAUAGAAAAUCAUUUUGACUAAUUCGCAAUUGUAUUUUAGCUAUUUUGAUGUACAUUUUUUCUGUAAUUUUCUUUUCACCGGUUAAUGCAUGCCUGUUUUUUAAUGUGGAA